CUCUCUUUCUCUCUCUCUCUUUCUCUCUCUCUCUCCGUCUUUUAUCUGCUAAAGAGAGGCGUUUCCUCUCGCGUGCAAAAAAAAAAAAAAAAAAAAAAAACAGAAAAAAGAGGACCGGGGAACCGCAAAGCCGACUCACACAGUAGGCGCGAGCCGCCGCCGGACCGAGACGGAGGUUCACUCAGGCGCGCGCUCACCUCUGCGGCUGCAUUGUUUAUUAUUUUUCUUUUUUCUUAAUUUAAUUUUUUUUCUUUUUUGUUUAAAGAGCGCGUGAGCAGGUGCACCGCUACACGGACCCGGAAUUAUUAUUAUUUUUUUUUCUUCACUCUUUCAUGGACUUUAUAUUUGUAUAUUAUACAUAAUAUAACUAUAUAUAUGUAUAUGUAAAUAUACAUACAUAUAUAUAUAUAUAUAUAUAUAUAUAUAUAUAUAUAUAUAUAUAUAUAUACACAUAAGCUGCACGCGGAACCGAGAGCUCGAGGCCACUCCACUCUGCGGCGUAAAUUAGCGGAGUUGUGAUCUGGGUAUAAAGUCAGGACAGUAAAGAAGAAGAGUGAAGGUCCAUGUUGACGGGUUCGGCGGACGUUCGCCUCGCCUGAACGAGAGAUUUUUCCCCAAGGAGUUUUAUGACGGAAAGUGAGUUCUUAUUCCCAGAAGUUCUAAGAGAAAAUCUCCAUCAUGAACGCAGGUAGUGAAACUCAUUCGUCAGACUCUGAUGGCUGGCGGUCUCGCAGUGUGACAGAUGGAUUGAGGAACGGCGAUGCGAGUAGCUCCACUCUGACAGCUAAAGGUUACCGGAGUGUUCGUCCCAACCUGCAGGACAAGAGCAGCCCCGUCCCGGUCCCGCUCCCGCCCCCUCGGAGAGAGAGCUAUCACAUGACCCCUAACCCUCCACCUUAUAGCUCGCUUGUUCCCUCCGGUUCUUACACCAUCAAAUCCAGCUCUUCAUCCUCAUACUCGUAUUCUGAGACUACUCGCACUACCACCAGCUCAGAUAUCUCCCCAGAGGCUAAUACUAAUGCUAAUAACUAUAUUAGCCAGCUCCUGGAGCGCAAGGUGUCAUCUCUCAAACUUGCUAACGAAGGAUCCAACUCAGUCACUGCUAAUGCUAAAACCAGUACAGAUGUAACCAACGAUACUAACAUGAAUCAAUCUUGGGCUAAUACUAACAUGGCAAAGGUCAUGAACCCUGGCUCACCUGAUAGUCCGCCAUCCCCACCACCACGUACACACUCCAAAUCUCCUGCUACAACACACACAGCCUCUCUCUCCAUUCGGAUAGCUCCUAAAGGUUCAGAAUACCAUCCUGAAUCUGGACUCCAAUCGGGAUUCGGAUCUGAAAGGCAGGAUCCUGCUGAGCCAAGCCCAAAAGUGCCACCCAGACCAGCGGGCGAUGUGGCGCAUGAUGUAUCCCCUCCAAGAGGUACCAUCGACUUUGGUUUUGGGUCAUCCUACAGCCGUACAAGUCAGAACUCGCCUGACUCCCUGUCCGGGCCGAACGCUUCAUCACGAUCUCUUUCGGCCCUGAGCCACUAUUCAUCAUCAACAGCCGUCCUUGAAGAACUGCAGAUCUGCACUGUGGACUCACCCGAGACCACGCCUACCCCCUCCCCCACACUCAGCCACGCCUCUGUUUUCCCUGAUGAUGUUCCUGCACCCACUGUCUCAGCAACGGCUGCUGAUACUAACGGUCAAAUGGCGGUAAAUGGAAGUGCGCACUCACAGAGGCCAUUCUCUCCUCCAGCACAACGUCCUCCUCCACCGGUCUUUAGUCCCGGACUCGAGCAAUUCCAGCAGACAAGACACUCGGAAGGUACAGAGUCAGUACGGAGGGAGUCAGUGUCAGUGGGUGAGACGUCGUUCAGCAGCGUGACUCCUGUGGCUCGUUUCUCAGAGGAGGAAAAGAAAGUUUCAGUGAUUAAGGCGCCUCAUUACGAGGGUAUUGGACCUGUGGAUGACUCGGGCCUCCCCCUCGCUAUCCGCACGACUGUAGACAGGCCUAAGGACUGGUACAAGACCAUGUUUAAGCAAAUCCAUAUGGUGCAUAAAGCAGAUGAUGACUAUGCAGACACAUACGGUGCUACCUACGCUGUUGUGAAUAAUGAGAACUUCGACCCCGUCCAUGCCCACCCGCCACCUCGGACACACACGUACCGUCCUCUGUCCCGAAACUCCAACGAGCCCAGCAGAGCUCCGCCCCCUCGAGAGUCCAGCCCCGUCCCGCCCCCACCCCCUCCCAUGCCCUCGCUCCUGCAGCUCCGCUCGCGAGACCUCGACCGUGAGAAAGAUCAACCGCACGAUCCAAAUGAAUGGAGUCCCCCGGAUCGUAAAGUGGACACACGGCGGUAUCGCGCUGAGCCACGUAGCAUCUUCGAGUAUGAGCCAGGCAAAUCCUCCAUCCUGGAGCACGAGAGACCGAGUUUUCAUUUAGAAGCAGAUGAGAUAGAUUUAGAGAACGAGCCGUGGUUUAAGUUCUUUUCAGAGCUGGAGUUUGGCCGGCCGCCUCCUAAAAAGAGGCUGGAUUACACGCCUGACUGCUCCACCCACUCCCGCGCCCAGACGUCUCUCUAUCUCUCAUCCUCUGAGCGGCCUGAGAGCACCUCCAGUGACUUCAGGAAGAGACGAAAGUCAGAGCCGUUUGUCACUCAGCAGAACACAGGAAAUGAGCAGAAUGCUGGUCCAGCCUCGAGACUCGAGCCCUACAAAUCCAACAGUCUAAAGAAACCUGCCGUACGUUCCUCGCCUGCCUCUCCAGCAAAAGCAAAAGCUGGAGUCACUUGUGAGUCUGUCUCUCCAUCAGUGAGCUCCCCAGGUAUGGACCCUGUGUCCUCUCACCUUUCCUCUGACACCCUCUCCCUCUCCACAUCCACCCUGCGCAGCUCCAAGCAGUCUAUCAGCUUCAAGAAUGGUUGGCAGGUGUGCCAGAAGGACAGUGCUGAAACUUGGAGCAGCGUGGAGGAUGAGGAAGCAGGUGCUUCCUCGCCUCGCCUCAAAUCUCGCAGUUGUGACGACCUACUCUCGGACAGUAACGUUGGAAUGAACGGCAAUCGCUCAGAAAGUGUCGGAUCACUGCUUGGUGAAGGCGGAACACGUCAAAAGCAGACUCAAGUGAAGAGUCUUAACUCGUCCCCUAGAGCACGUCGGCAUCAUCGGCGCAAAAUGGCCCACGAUACACCAGGAUUCCUGCAGCUUUAUAAGACGAUGCACCACAUUGACCGGGCACAGCUUCUGCCUUCGGAAGUGAUCUGUUCUGUCCGUGCCCGCAUUCUGGAACUUGAGCGACAACAGCAGCAGCAGCGGAAGAGCCUCCAUUCAUGGGCACCAUUUGGGCACGAAGUACCACAGCGCAUGGUGCCAAAUCGGAUCUCAGAGUAUGAGCAGAUGAUCCAAAAGUCCAAGUCCAUGCCAGACCUCGGCGAAGAUAACACUCCAUCAGGCACCACCACACCAGGGUCUUCUCGAGCCAGCAGUUGCCCCAAGCGCCGCUUCUCUGUGGAGUCACUCCUGGAGGAGGAAGACCCUCCAGAAAGGGCGAGAAGUCCCCCAGAAGGUCAACCACGGCCAGGUCCAGAAGAUCGAAGCCUUGUUCCGGUGGUCAGGCAGAACCAGCACCAGCAGCAGGACUACUCGGACAGUGAGCAGGAUGCUUGCGCCUCUGAAUUGAGUGACUUCAUUCAGAUAGAAGGAUCUUCUUUUUGCAGUGAAAGCGACUUGGACCACUGUUCACUAGCAUCGUCUGAGAGCUUCUGUGAUUCUGGACACCAUCACCACCACCACCUUCACCACCACCAUCACUACGGACGCCGUCACCACAGCAGCCACCACCACCACCAUCUCCACCAGAGUCUGGGCCAGAGUCAAGGUUACCACCACCGCCACCUCAUCAGCUCCUAUCAGGGCUCUGAUGCUGGACGCCUCACACCUCAGAACAGAAAACCUACUCCAGAUCGAGAGGUGUCCUCUAAGCAGAUGACAUAUCUCAUAUUGUCUUCUCUUCUCCAUCAGAGACAGUCUGCCAGGGCUAUUUACGACUUUAAAGCUCAGACCAGCAAAGAGCUCUCCUUUAAGAAGGGCGAUGCGAUCAACAUCGUCAGACAGAUCGACAGCAACUGGUAUGAGGGAGAGCACAGAGGACGCAUCGGGAUAUUCCCUAUUUCUUACGUCGAGAGGGUUGUGUCUCCAGAGAGGAAGCAGCCGGUGCGUCCUCCUCCCCCAGCCCAGCUCCGGGAGAUGGGAGAGGCCGUGGCUCGCUACAACUUCAACGCUGACACCAAUGUGGAGCUUUCACUCAGGAAGGGAGAGAGAGUGAUCUUGCUGAGGAAAGUUGAUAAGAACUGGUAUGAAGGGAGGAUUCCUGGAUCCAAUAAGCAGGGGAUUUUCCCUGUGUCAUACGUCGAUGUCAUCAAGGGAUCCCCUUCUAAAAGUUCCGGUCACCGUGUAGACACCCACAGGGUGCAGAAGCCCCAUCCUGCUUCCCCUGGCUCCGCCCCUUACCCCCACUUUCAAGAGGUCACCAGUGAAUGGCUUUCCCUCACUCUGGGCAUCACAGCCUUUUCCCCUUCUCCCAGUAGCACUCCAGUCCCGCCCACUCCACCGCCCCUUCCUAGCAUCAUCCACUAUCCCAGUACCCUCCCACCUACUCCUCCACCGCUCAGUCAAACACCAACCACACUUCAGCCCUUCUCCAUGAUCUCAAAUUCAUCUCCUCCUCCUCCUCUUAUGGCCCCACCUCUUCUAUACAACCCCGCCUCUCUAGUGACAGACCACUCCCACUUAUUUAACAGCAGAAAUCAUUUUCCAGCUGCACAGACACCGUUAUCCAAGAAGCUGAUUUCAGGUCAGAAUCAAGAGCUGUACAUCCUAGAAGCAGAGAUGACCGAACAUAAACCACUGAUCACAGAACAGCAACAAAGCCAAGACCUAGCAACACUUAUAACCGAUCCAAACCCCUACGACAAACUUCUGACGAUGUUCCUCGAUGAUCAGUUAUCACAGGAGGCAGAAAACCUGGACGAUUGCACACCAUUGGCUGAUGAGUCAUCUAAAAACUGUCCACUAGCAUCACCUGAUAGUUUAAUGCUAAAGAAACCAUGUCAAGCGUCCAUGAGUCUGUCCAGCCAAUCAGAAAAUCCACCUGAUGAUGACGGGUUAUAUGGGAAAUGGUCAAGCAUACUGAAUGACAGAUUCCCAGAACCUCCCAGCCCAGUGACAGACAGUUUUGAGGCGGGGCUUCCUGAGUUGUACAUACAGGAAGAGGGCGAUGAGCCAAUCAGAUCUUCUGUUUUCAAUUCUAUAAACUAUGCUUCGACACAAAAGGCCGAUCCCUCUCCUCUUGUCAGGCCUCUUCUCUCAAAGCCUGAUCUCUCCCCAUCACCGGCCCCUUCUCCUCCUCCUCAUGUGUCCUCCCCUAUUUCCUCCUCAUGCAGUUCAUCCCUCCAUCUUUCUCCUCCCUCUUCUCCUGUCCCCUUGUCCCUUGCACAAACUCCCCCAUCCUCUCCUCCGCCCGUAUCCUUGUCUCCUGUCCCUUCACCUGCAUCUGAAGAAAAGCCCUCCUCAUCCUGUUGCUCCCCUCCUCCCUUUUUUCUUACCUCCCUUCCCACUUCUCUUCAUCUUCCUUUUUCUUCAUCUUAUAUACACCCUCCUCCUUCUUCCUCCUCCUCUUCCUCUCCCAUUGCCCGCUCUCUGUCUCCUCCCAUCCCUUUGUCUCAUCCUCCAUUUUACCCGUCAAAGCAACCUCUGCUGCCCACCAUCCCUGCCUCUCCACCAUCUUCUCCAGUCCCUCCCACAGAGAGAUCCACUUCUCCCACAAUUCCCCUUUCUUGCCCAGUCCCACUGUCAGAGCAAACCACAUCUCCCACAAUUCCCCUCUCCUCUCCAGUCCCUCCCUCAGAGCGAACUACAUCUCCCACAAUUCCCCUCCCCUCUCCAGUCCCUCCCACAGAGCAAACCACAUCUCCCACAGUUCCCCUCUCCUCUCCAAUCCCUCCCUCAGAGCGAACCACAUCUCCCACAAUUCCCCUCUCCUCUCCAAUCCCUCCCUCAGAGCGAACCACAUCUCCCACAAUUCCCUUCUCCUCUCCAGUCCCUCCCACAGAGCAAACCACAUCUCCCACAGUUCCCCUCUCCUCUCCAAUCCCUCCCUCAGAGCGAACCACAUCUCCCACAAUUCCCCUCUCCUCUUCAGUCCCUCCCACAGAGCAAACUACAUCUCCCACAAUUCCCCUCUCCUCUCCAAACCCUCCCACAGAGCAAACCACAUCUCCCACAAUUGCCCUCUCCUCUCCAAUCCCUCCCUCAGAGCGAACCACAUCUCCCACAAUUCCCUUCUCCUCUCCAAUCCCUCCAUCAGAGCGAACCACAUCUCCCACAAUUGCCCUCUCCUCUCCAGUCCCUCCCUCAGAGCGAACCACAUCUCCCACAAUUCCCUUCUCCUCUCCAAACCCUCCCUCAGAGCGAACCACAUCUCCCACAAUUGCCCUCUCCUCUCCAGUCCCUCCCUCAGAGCGAACCACAUCUCCCACAAUUCCCCUGUCCUCUCCCAUCUGUCCUCCUCUCCCCCCUUUCUUCACUCCUACCUCCAGCAGUGCGUCUCCUCCACCUUUGUCUCCUCCUCCUGUCCUCUCCUCCCCUCAGUCCUCCGGUGUCCCCCUGUCCCGCACUCCUCCAUGUUCUCCUCCUCUCUCCACUCCUCCACCUUCCCCUCAGUCACAGCCGCGUUCUCCUCACAUCAAGAGGAUGAUGCAGGAUUCACUCCAUGGAGCCGGAGAGCCGUUCCAGGCCGUGUAUAACUACGUGCCCCGGAACGAAGACGAGCUGGAGCUUCGAGAGGGUGAUGUGGUCGACGUGGUGGAGAAGUGUGAUGACGGCUGGUUCGUAGGAACGUCUCGGAGGAGCCGGCUGUUCGGAACGUUCCCAGGAAACUACGUUAAGACUCUUUAAUGAAGACCUACGGCACAAGAAUUGAGGCCCAGUGUGGAACCUCGACCCUGUGUGUGUGUGUGUGCGUGUGUGUGUGUAUAUGUGUGUGGGUGUGUUUGUGUGUGUUCUCAUGCAAAAAAAAACAGUUUUAGCGCUCACUAGCCAUCUCUAGCCAACACUUUUAUUUUCUCUUCCACUGAAGUUUUGCUUCCAUCCUGAAUGAGGAGCUCAGCAGUGUACUUCCUGCUCCGUAAUAAUAUUCACAUUAUUUAUUAGCGAUAAUAUUUUACAGUAAGCAAUAGUUUAUCUUUUGGGGAGGUUAUGAGAAGGAGAGAUGCUGUGAGAAGUGAUUGGUGGAGAGAAAUGAUUGACAGACUGACUGACAUCGCAUAGAGACAAAAGGUGGCUCAGUUGAUUGUUAGUCAUCAUUUAAAACUGAGAUGAAUCCAUUUUUUAAAAAUCUGAAUAUUGUCUAAUUUAAAAAAAUCCUCCCAUCGCAAAUCGCUGACAUCACACCAGGUUUCUUGUCACUUGUGGGCGUGGCCUGUCCAGCUGCUCACGAAAUGAUAAAGCCAAAAUGAUAUACAUACACUGUAUACUGUAUACAUAAACCUUUUAUAAUGUAUACUAAUCACUUUUGGGACUUUGCUAGUUAUUUGUAUUGUUUUAAAUUGUUUAUGUAAUGGGUCAGGAUGUGUUUUAGGAGGUAAAGAGUUUUCUGAAUUCAGUCUAUUUCCACCGGUCUAAACAGAACAGCACAUAGUAAAUAGUGGAUUUCAGACACGGCGAAAAUGUUAGACUGUUAGGCUGUUUUUAUACUUGGCGUUUUCUUUUCCCACAAAACCGCCAAGCACAUGUAGCAAGAUGGUUAGAAUGCGUCUGUUUUUUUUAAAAAAAUAAAGCGCUGCUGUCUGCGGUUUUUGGUCAAGUUUCAGGAAAAUGCAGAGUGGGAUCAAGUGCUUUUUUACGUUCUGACCAAUCAGAUUGCAAGGUGGGGGGCAAGUGAGAAAAACAAACAUGGAAGUGAAAAAUGAGUCUUGUUUAAUGAGUGAAUAUGAGGUGAUGUACAACACAGAUUGAAAAUAUCCCAAAGUUGCAGUGUAAGAAAAUAUAACAGCGUACGUAUUUUUGGGACGUUCCACCUCCAUAGCUAUAGCCAAGACGAACCACCUCCUCAUCUCCAGACUUACACUAAUCUUUAUUUCAUCUGUAUUACUGAUAACAAUAAAUCAGCUCUAGAGAGCAAGCUAGGCUGGUAUGUUAGCCGAUACUAGCUAGGACAGUGUUGCUAUGGUUACAGUGUGCACAAUUUUGAGCCGUUUUUUUUUUCUAGCCAAAAAACACCUAGAGUGACAGCAGCCUAAAGGCCUCAGUGUACUUCAUGCUUCAGGAGAUGACGUUUGGCUUUCUUCCACGAACGAUAUGACGUAAUUUGCAGAGAAAACGAUAUCGUGCUGGACGAACUCUGCGUACGAACGUGCUACGCAACCAAGCCUGUGAUUCGUUGUUACAAAUGAGGCGUUUCAUACACAGCAUCACAUAGCUUUCACUAGGAUGAUAAACUCGCCGUCAACAAACGUUUUUAUUUAAUAAUCUCACGUAACACUUGCGUAUUGUUUCUCUUUUUUUCUUUUUGGAAAUAUGGAACAAAAUAAACAGUUCUUCCUCUUCCUCAUGUUCUAUCAUUUAUCUAUGUACUUCCUCCGACUUUCGCCAAAGUUUAUGCGAUCAAGCAAUCUUCGUCCUGCUGUCAUGAAAUCUUAACAGCGCCACCUGCAGUACUGGAGCGCUCGUACACGACGUGGAAGAUGUGCCAGUUUUUUAACUCGCGACGUCGUCUCCGCAGUAAGCGCGCUGAGGUGUUUAGUGGACGCAGAUUUUUGAACUCAGGAGUGAAUGACGUUAUUAGUGCACAAGCAAUAACUUUGCUUUCCAACCACUACUGGCCAAAAUGACGUUGAUGAAGUAUUAUUUUCCUAAAUGUGGCAAUCAGCGAGUCUGUAUUAGACGACGAUCCGAUGCAUUUUGCGUGAUGAUGAUGAUGAUGUGAAUUUCUGUAUGACUCUAGAGUAUGUUCCUUUGUUUAAAGACUUUUACACAUUGCCUGUUUUAAAUGUUAAAAUGUUAAAGGUAGAAAAACAGCUGGAUUUUCUGCAUUGUUAUGAGUUUGUGUCCGGAAUGAAGUUCGAUGCCCAUUCGUGCCACUUUUCACUCUGUUUUUCUUCACUUUGUAAGAACACAACCUAACAGGAAGUUUUGAUGAAUAUGAUAUUUUAUAUUAUUCCUGUUUUCUUGUCACCAGGUUUCUGAUGUUACCGAUGUUACAGAGUGACGAGUGUAGCACCUUACAUACAUGAGUUAUACGUUUGUUUUCAUAAACCUCACAGUUUGACUUUUUUUUGUAUAUUAACGAAAUCCACUUGCUUUAUAAAGUCACUUUGCUCACAUA